AUGACUGAGCCAGUUGUAAAAGACAGUUCCAAACCGACGGAAGUAAAAAACCUAGUAAAAAAUGCAACGGAUUUACAACGUUUAAAACUUGAAAGACUCAUGAAAAAUCCGGAUAAACCUGUUUAUAUACCCGAGCCUCGAUCUGACAAAAAAUCUCCUCACGUUCCCGAAUUUGUGAGGAAUGUUAUGGGAUCAAGUGCUGGAGCUGGCAGUGGUGAGUUUCAUGUUUAUCGGCACUUAAGACGUAAAGAAUAUGCUAGACAAAAACACAUACAAGUAAAAGCAGAAAAGGAACUUUUGGAAGAAGCGUACCGUCAAAAAAUAUUAGAAAACAAACAAAUGGCUGAAGGGCGUACAGCUAAGAAAAGAGCAAAGAGAUUAAAGAGAAAAAAAGUUUUAAGAGAAAAAUCUAAGAUGUCCAAGAAAAAUAAUACUGCAGACAGUGUUAGUGAAAAUGACUCUACUAGUGAUGACGAUGAUAAAAAUACAACCGAGGCAUAA